GUCGACGUGGUAUCUGCGUAUACGUCCUUGCGCAUCAUCUUACUCCUGUUUAGCAUACUAGACAUCAGCGCAAGAGCGUGAAAGCUGAGGAAUGGCUGACAAGGAAGCUAAGCUUGCUGCUGCCAAGAAGCGCGCAGCUGAGUUGAAGGCGAAGAAGAAGCAGAGCGUGCAAGAAGAGAGUUCUGCUGUCGAUUCCAAGGCAACCGAGGACAGCGCAGAGGUUCCAGCGGAUAGUCUGGCUGUUGCAGACGCUACAAAGGAGAAGGCGGACGAGACCUCCGACGGUCAGGAGGCUCUUUUGGUGAGCAACACAGCGGCAUCAUCCAAAGAAUUGACCGAGUUGAAGGCUUCGCAUGAAGCGGCAAUCAAUUUACUCAAGGCAGAGUUGGCGACUCUGCAGGCAACCUCAAAAGAAAAUGUGCAACCUGUCACGCAUAGCGAAGAGGCUCUGUCAGAGCUGAAAGCAAACGCGGACAUAGCCUUGCAAGCAGCUGCAAAGGCUGAAGCAAAAGUGACUGAGCUUCAGACUAAGAAUGCCACUCUACAAAGUGAAAACAGAAGCAUUCUGCAACAACUGACCGAGAUGCGAAGUCACCUGAUGCAGCUCCAGGACGAGAAGCUGGCUCUAGUUGAAAACAUGGAAAGACUUAAACAGGAGACAGCUCACAGCGCAAAUCGCCACUCAUCGACGCAUCGUAAGCUGUCGAAAGAGUUCGAUCGGAGCGCGGCGCUGCAGGAUGUAUCGCUCGAUAGCGGUAGUAAUGUGGUGCCUGAGGUGCUCAAGCAAGGCAUACAAAUUGAUUUGACCGGUUGGUACGACAAGCAUGCGGGCGUGGUCAUUGAGGUCUGAGACGAUAUGUGAUGAAAAACUACGAACUGCCAGC